CUCCCUCUCGUUAGCGGGCAUGCGCAUGCGCCGUGCGCGCUCCACCUCUUCCGCACGUCGCCGCCACUACUAGUGCGCCGCACGCUCGGCCCACAUUCUUUCCCCGCGCUCCAUGGCCGGCGAGGCCGCCGCCACCGGGCGGCUUCUCCUGGCCGCGGCGCUCAUCCUCGCGGUAGCCGCUGUCUCCGCGGUGGCUGAUCAGUCCGAGGACGCCGUGCUGCUGGCUUUCCGAGCGACGCUGCGAGGGCCGGAGGGCCUCCCUCCGGCGAAGCUGAGCCAGUGGCUGACCUCGGCCGGGCCCUGCUCCGGGAACGCGUCUCUGUGGGAGGGGGUGACGUGUCGCACCGGCGUCGUGCUGGUCCUGCGACUGGAGGUCCUCGGCCUGCAGGGCCCUGUGCCCAACCUCGACUUGCUCGCGCCGCUCCCAGGCCUGCGCUCGCUCAGCCUCGCCAACAACAACCUCACCGGCGCGUUCCCCGACGUGUCCGCCCUCCCCGCGCUCAGGAUGCUCUACCUGUCGCGGAACAGGCUCGCCGGCGAGAUCCCCGACGCCGCGUUCGCGCCUCUGAGGGGGCUCCAGGUGCUGCACCUGGAAGAGAACGCCUUCACCGGACCGAUACCGAAUUCCAUCAUCACGCCGACCAGGCUGCGGGAGCUGAAUCUCUCCGGCAACGGCUUCUCAGGGCAAAUCCCCGAAGAACUCCGACGAUUCAACGCCAGCAGCUUCCAAGGCAACAAAGGUCUAUGCGGCCCACCGCUCGGCGUCUCGUGCCCCAAAGAUCUCGGAUCGCCUUCCUCGUCACUGGCGCCGUCGUCAUCUAAAUCCGGCAGCAUGAAGAUACUCAUGAUCAUCGCCAUCGUGGUGGUCGCCGUCGGCGCGCUCCUGGCCGUCGCCGGCGUCUUGACGGCAGUCCACACCCGUCGCAACGAGCCACGCUAUGCCGGUGGCACCGAAACACUCGGCGGCAGUCCGGACGCCGCCAAGAUGAAGGUCGCCUCUACUCCGGCUGUCAAGAUCGAGAAGGGUGGCGCGGAGCAGCACGGCGGCGCGGUGACGCCCGCGUCUGCGAAGCGCAGCGGGCGGCUGGUGUUCAUCCAGGAGGGGCGGCAGCGGUUCGAGCUGGAGGACCUCCUCCGCUCCUCCGCCGAGGUGCUGGGCAGCGGCAACUUCGGCGCGUCGUACAAGGCCACCCUGCUGGACGGGCCGUCCAUGGUGGUGAAGCGGUUCAAGGAGAUGAACGGCGUCGGGCGGGAGGGCUUCUCGGAGCACAUGCGGCGGCUAGGGCGGCUCAUCCACCCCAACCUCCUCCCCGUCAUCGCCUACCUCUACAAGAAGGAAGAGAAGCUGCUCGUCACGGACUACAUGGUCAACGGCAGCUUGGCUCACCUCCUCCAUGGCGGGACAAGGUCGAGCCUUCCGCCGCUAGACUGGCCGAAGCGUCUCAAGAUCAUCAAGGGCGUGGCGCGCGGGCUGGCGCACCUGUACGGCGAGCUGCCGAUGCUCACCGUGCCGCAUGGCCACCUCAAGUCCUCCAACGUCCUGCUCGAUGCCACCUUCGAGCCGCUCCUGAGCGACUACGCGCUCGUCCCCAUCGUGACGCCGCAGCACGCAGCGCAGGUGAUGGUGGCGUACAAGUCGCCCGAGUGUGCGGCGCAGGGGGGGCGGCCGAGCAACAAGAGCGACGUGUGGAGCCUGGGCAUCCUCAUACUGGAGGUGCUCACGGGAAAGUUCCCGGCGAACAACCUCCGUCAGGGCCGCGCGGGCACCGACCUGGCCGGGUGGGUGCACUCGGUGGUGCGGGAGGAGUGGACCGGCGAGGUGUUCGACAAGGACAUGCGCGGCACCCGGAGCGGUGAGGGCGAGAUGUUGAAGCUGCUCAAGGUCGGGCUCAGCUGCUGCGAGGCGGACGUGGCCCGGCGCUGGGACCUCAGGGAGGCCCUCGCGCGCAUCGAGGAGCUUAGGGAGCGCGACGCCGGCGACGAGAGCAGCACUGCCUCAUCGUACGUCAGCGACGGUGAGGAGGCGUCGCGGCCCGGGGACCCGCACUCCCACUCCGCGUAGAACCUCCGCGCCAUCAGUGCAAGCCUUGUGUGCGUGUACCGUGCACCGUCGUGACAUAAGUUUCUGAGAGGCGCGGCCGGCGGCGUGCGUGACGGAGAUCGUCGGGGUCUGUAAUCGUGUCAGAAUUAACUUCGGCGCGUGUUAAUUAAACCGUAAGAUUUGGUAAACAAAGAGGGGGCGGGGUUGCGGUGAUGUCAGAAUAAGGCUGUGUGGCUUGUUUUCUGUUUG